AUGUUUACAGCUGUACGUACAAAUCCAUCAGAUGGAGAAGUCAUAGUAACUGACACAUUAAAUGCACCUGUUUCCACAUGUAUUACAAAUGUUAUCCCAAAUUCUAUCAUAUCAAGUGGAGUUGGCGAGGAGGAUAACUAUUUAACAGGUCAUUUAAUGGGUGAAUACACUGGUCCAGUUGAAUCCGUUUUACCUCGAGAAUUCAGGCAAAGACUUCAUAAACAUUUUGCUAGAAUCGAACGUGAAUUUGAACGAGAGUAUAGAAGGUUAUAUAGCGAAAACUUAGCAUUACAAGAACGUUUGGAGAAAUUUGAAGAUGGUGAUCAUUCAGAAACAAUAACCUUGGUAAAAAAAUUGGGGGCAAGUAUGCUGUCACAGCGUAUCAAACAACAAUAUAAACAAUCCACAUCUCGUCUAGUUUCAAGUCUUCGUCAAUCUACAGGUCAUUCUUCCAGUAAUAUGGGUCAAGGAUGCACAUAUUCGGUUACCCAACCAGGAAUAAACGGCUACAAAUUGUGUUGGUGUAACUUCAAAUACUCUUUCUGUUGCCGUCAAUAG